GCUUUCUGUGAUGUUACUAACUCGCAGAUGUAGCAACGGUAUCAACCUUAAAAUCUAGUAUGACGUUUAAUAUACAGGCAGCUGCUUACGUUAGAUCAAAAUACAGUGCUCUUAGUGAUUGGCUUGCACGACUAAGCUAAAUUUCAAUUGAAUUAGGAAAAUACCGAUUAUUCUUGUAUUUCAUAAACUGUACCAUCAAGCUGUAAGGAACACAAUGACGGAUUUAACAGGGUUACGAAUGAACGUGGCCGCUCUGAAACGGGUAGACCCCUAUGUAAAAGAUAUUCUGGAGACUGCGACACACGUAGCACUUUAUACUUUUAACGCAGUUAAUAAUGAGUGGGAAAAAACGAAUAUUGAAGGUGCUCUAUUCGUAUACUCGCGAAAUGGCGAACCCUAUAACAGUGUUCUUAUCAUGAAUAGAUUAAAUACAAAUAACCUAGUAGAGCCAGUUACGCAAGGUUUAGAUUUACAACUCCAAGAACCCUUUUUACUCUAUAGAAAUUCCAGAUGUAAUAUUUAUGGCAUUUGGUUUUAUGAUAAAGAGGAAUGUGUACGCAUUGGUGCAAUGUUGAACAAACUUAUUAAAGAAUCAGAGGAAAACCGCAAGACUUUCAAUAAACCUGCUGUUAACGUAAAAAAAGAAUCCGGCCCUAAUGCGAGCAAUGUUGAUAUAUUUAGUAUGCUUAGUAAAGCUCAAGAAGACUUUAAUACUAAUAGAAAUAAUAGUAGUAGUGGAGGUGGUAACAAAGAAAGGCAUAGUACUAAAUCUCCGUUAGGUACUCCUACAACUGAUGAUGUAUCUGGACCAUUAGCUGCACCAUUAGGUCCAGAUGUUACUUCACAGAGUGUAAUGGACUUUUUUGCAAAAGCAAAAGUUAAUACUGGUCACUUUAAGGCUGGAGAUCAGCCUACUCCAGGGGGUACUGUUGCAAACGAAAGUAAGCCUUUGCUUGCUCGAUUAAUGUCACACCCAGCAGCUCACACAGUUGAACAUAUUGAAAAGCAACACAGAUCUAUAACUCCUCAACCAGCUACUCAACAACAGACUACUCCAACUACUAUAUUGACUGCUAACAAUGCUUGUAAUACAACAGCUUCGAACAGAACUAAGAAACGAAACAGAACUGCUUCUCAACAAGAUUCAAUGAUACCGACGCCUGCGUCUUUAACUCAAGAAAUUUUAACACCUAUGAAUCAAACUGCUACCGAUACAAAUGGAACAACGGGAUUUCUUAGGAUACAGUCACCAACAAAUGCAUCAACUUCUACUUUGACGAAUCAUCAAGCAUCAGAUAUUAUUGGUCCUAGCAAUUCAAAUCCACUUGCAUCUUUGUUUGCUCAUGCAUCUGCGACAACGGCAUCGGAAGAUAUUAUUACGCCUCCCACUCUAUCAGGAAGAGGAUCAGCACCGGCAUUAAUUCCUCCUGUUAUGUUCGCUGCCCCUAGUCCACCUGAACCUUUAACCAGACCGUUAGAACCAUUGACAAAAAAUCAGUUUCUUCGAGCCUUUAACUAUUUAUUGAGAAGUGAUCCUGAUUUUAUCAACAAACUUCACGAAGCUUAUGUUAAAUCGUUCGGUGAAAUACUGUCCUAGAACUAUGACUUGUUAACUGGUAUAAAUGGAACCCGUCAUGCGGGUUGUGACGGUCGACUGAUUAUAGUAUCGAGCGAAAUCUAGUAUUUCUAUGUUACAUGUACAUAGAUGGAACACAAUGUCCUGCUCGAAUUUCAAUUGAACUUGACUGGUAGCCCAAUUUUUGGGAAGAUCAAAUCAUAGAUACAAAUAAAGAUACAUACCUUAAACAGUAUUUUUAUAAGCUACUACACUUUUUCCCAUGAAAAAGAGUGAAAUGGAUCAUGGAUGCAUAAGAAGGUAUAAAACGUGUGGAAAUUGUAAAAGGAAAUAAGACGAGAAAUGUGAAAAUUGUACGAUUUUAAACUGUGAUGCCAAAACAUUUAUAUUAUACUAACAUUUUAUGAUUACUAUUUCGAAAUGAAACAAGACAAAUUUUCUGAGCUGAUCAAAUAGAUUACCUAUUUUACGGAAUAAUGACAUACCCUUCCUAUAUAUCGGGUAUCGGUAUGGUAUGUAUAUGUAAUUAUAAAAAAAGGAGGAAAUAAAUAGAGACCGAUUACUGAAAAAUUA